AUGGCGAUGAUCUCGCGCCUUCUAGUCCUUGUCGGGCUUCUAUCUCUGUUCCAUGCGGCCUACUCUGCGCACGAAUUCUCGACCCUCUCUACAAAACUCCAUAAGAACGCCGCUCUCCCUCUGGACAUCAAGCUUGAGACCCUCAUUUCAGUCUUUCUUGCGUGCUUUGGUCUUGUCCUGGGCUCCGACCCCUUAAAACCCGUCAGCUGGAGUGCGUGGGCAGGGCAGAUUGAGCGAGAAGGCGGAGGAGCGAAUCCUUUUCGGGGGUUGGAGGAGAGGGUUGGCUUCAUGGAUAUCAGGGCUCAGAGGAGAGCAUUUACCGAAUGGGCGAAACAACAGGGUACUGGGACCAAAAGUUGA